AUGGAAUUGCCUGAAUUUGGUUGGCGCGUGAAAGGCGAUGUUGAGUUCGCGCAGAAAAGACGGCCGGGAGUACCCAUCGGAGGGAUUGGUGGUGGUACCAUUGGACGAUCAUUCCGCGGUGACUUUUGUCGGCGGCAAAUCAAUCCUGCGUCAAUUUACAAGUACGGACCAGCGUUCAGUGACAAUUUCCUCUUGAGUGUCAAGGGUGGGCAGAGUUUGGGCAAGCAUUCAGAAGAGAAGGCAAUUCGCGGAUCCCAUGGCGAAGGAUCGACUGCGCCUCUUGUCAGUGGUGAGAAGUGGAAAGUGACGACUCUGGCUGGCCAACGGAAGAAUAAGUCGGAUUUAAGCAAGUGGAACUGCGGUGUUUCCCCUGGAAAUGUGGAAUACGUUGGUCUUUUUCCGCGGUCAUGGACGCGCUACGACUUGCGCCAGGAAUUCGGACUAGUGCUGAUAUGUCGUCAAAUUUCACCUGUGCUGCCCCACAACUACAAGGAUUCGUCUUUGCCCGUUGGCGUAUUCGUGUGGGAUGUGGAGUAUGUGGGUGAUGAAGAAAGUGUGGAUGUGAGUCUGUCAUUCUCUUGGACGGACGAUGGAAACGGCGAGAACUCGUGCUCUGAACACCAAGCAUUUGAAGACAAUCAAGUGCGGGGACUGCUCUUCAAUGACAGCUCGGAAUUCGGCACAAGCUAUGCCAUUGGAAUGAUGGCGACGAACAAAGACGAGGUGACGUUAUUACCGAACUUCGAUGUCAAUGGAAAUGGUGGUGUUGUUUGGACAUCGCUGGAAAAGAAUGGUCGUCUGCCAUGUGGUGCCGUUUCUUUGGCAUUCUCUUUGAGCCGGGAAACCCGUUUCCGGACGAUUGAAAUGGCCGUAGCAUGGCAUAACCCACGUGUGAAGUUUCCUUUUGCCUCUGCCGAUGCGAAUUGCACGCGUCGACACGUCCGAUGGUUCUCUUCUGCGAAGGAAAUAAUUACCUAUUCACUCGCUAAUUAUGCGCAGUGGGAGUCCGAAAUUGAUGCUUGGCAGAAUCCCAUUCUGAAGGAUCCAAAAUUACCUACUUGGUUCAAGUCGGCUUUAUUUAAUGAACUGUAUUAUGUGGCUGAUGGUGGCGCAGUGUGGGUUGACUGCGAUCGGGAGAUGACAUCGAAAUUAGAAGAUGGCGAUCCACGGAAAGAGUUUGGUCGAUUCCUUUACCUGGAGAGCCACGAGUACAUAAUGUACAACACCGUCGAUGUGCACUUCUACGCAUCCGCUUCAUUUGGCCAGCUCUGGCCCGGCUUGGAGCUCUCCAUGAUGGUGGAUGUGGCGGAAGCUGUGCCUGUUCAAGACAAGUCAGUUGUUUGGUACCACUCCAGUGGUGGUCGACUUCAACGCAAGUACGUCAACUCCGUCCCGCACGAUUUGGGUUGUCCCGGCGAAAAUCCAUGGGAGAAGACGAACGCGUACCUGAGUCACAACACGGCGGAGUGGAAGGACCUGAACCUUAAAUUUGUACUGGAAUCGUACCGGGCCUACUCGACAUGUUUCCCGAGUCUCGAGCAAGGCCCGAAUCAGACCUGGUUCCUGGCCAAAGUCUGGCCCAUGUGUCUGUCUGUGAUGCGGAAAGCCGAGGACCACUGGGACAAGGACAAAGACGGCAUGAUUGAGAAUGACCCGCAUCAUCCGGACCAGACCUAUGACAUGUGGGUCAUGGAUGGUCCGAGUGCGUAUUGCGGCAUUUUGUGGGUUUGCAGUCUGUUUUCCAUGUGGAAGAUGGCAGGUGUGAUUGGGGAUGAGGAAGAAUCGAGCAAGUAUGCUGCCCUGAUGAGCAAGGCCGUGGGAGCGUUGGAUGCGCAGUUGUGGAAUGGGUCAUACUACGACUUUGACUCUUCGAGUGGUGAUCGGAGACGCACAAUUAUUGCUGACCAGCUGUCGGGACUGUGGUCUUUGCUCAUUGGUCUCGAGUCAUGGGAUCGCGCUUCGGUUGCGAUCGAAGCACCGCUGAGUCCGGCGCUGACCCGGAGCAGAAUCGAGAGCAUUCUGAAGACAGUUUUUGAAAACAAUGUGGAAAAAUGGAUGGGUGGGGAAAUGGGUGCCGUUAAUGGGUUCUCGCCAGUCUCGGGCCGGCCGGACAUCACAGCAGCUCAGGCUGAAGAAACGUGGACUGGCGUGAAUUAUGCUUUGGCGUCGAUUAUGCUCCUUUACGGAAUGGAUCGGGAAGCUUUUCAAACAGCCAAGGGUAUUUAUACGACGGUGUACGACAAGAGUGGACUGGGUUUCCAGACGCCAGAAGCGCUGACAGCUGACAAGUACUACAGGGCCCCGGGCUACAUGCGUCCCCUGAGCAUAUGGUCCAUGCACACUGCCUAUUGUUUGAGGAGCCAGGCGAAGGAAGAAGCUAAGGACUGAUUAUUUUCAUCAACUGCGAUACGAUUUUUUUCUUCUAUCGAUAUUCAAAACUUUUUUUUUUUUCAACUGAGCUUUUCGAUUGGUGGUAUUUUAUUUGAAUGGUCGAUUUGAGAGCACUUUCCCUAGUAUUAGGUGAGUGUUCGUAACAGAUGUGUAUCCUUUUCACUCAAGAAUACGCUUCUUUAUCCUUUCGGGUGCUCAAAAAAAAUCGGUUGCUGUCUUUGCUCGCUUCUUACUUGCAUAAUCUAAUCCAAAUGGUUCGUAUUUCGUCUGUUGAAGAGUCGAGGAUGUAAUAAUAUUCAUUUCUAAGUAAAUUUGUAACUCCAGGUUUUCUUUUGAAAUAUGCCUGCCCACAAUUUGGAUGCAGGUUUUUAAGUAAAAAAUGUCGUGAAAUAAUCCGUGGAAAAGAUUUGACUGCAUAAUUUGUUUUUUAAAAAUUACGCUUUCCCGGUAGUAAAUACAGUAUUUCUUCUAUAAUUCAAUUCAAAAAUUAAUUUAUGAAAUACUCCGGUUUUCAAUUCACGAAGCCAGAAAAGAUGUGUAGGCACUGAGGUUGUAAUUUUGUUAGAUUUCGUCCAACUGUCCUUGUGUUGUUUGAGCAAUUUGUAUCACAUUUUGUGAUUUCUCGCGUUUUUUUUUUUAACUCGUACGUAAAGGGACGUGGGAAGAUUCGAAAGAAGAAAGACAUUCCUGGAGGAGCUUGUUUAUUUUGUUUAAAAUAUCUUAAGGAACAAAAAAGAAACGAAAUUGUUCUUGUGCAGCGAGUACUCGAACCGCCUUUCACCUGUGAUUAAAAUUGUUUUGGGCAAUUAUUUUUUACACGAGCCGCAUCUUGAGGUUGUUCGAAGUGUUUUUUGCUUUCUAUUUCGCGUUUUGAAUCUUUCUCAAGCCUCGUUUUUCUGGGAAAUCGUUGGGAAAGAUAAAGUUUGAUUAUUGGAAUCAUG